AUAUACGCCGGCUUACCUUGGCAAUGAAAGUGAAAUGGACGGACUGCACACAUACGUAUAAAAACCGGAGCACUCCUAGCCGAAAUUAUUCAGUUCCCAACUUUAGAACCAGCAACAUGUACGCCAAGGUGAUCGUAGCUCUGUGCGCCGUGGGCAUGGUCCGCGCUGGAGGUCUCCUCGCAGCAGCUCCAGUGGCUUACUCCGCUCCCGUCAUCACCAAGACUAUCACCCCGGCGGUGUCCUCCGUGUCAUCCUACUCCACACACACCGCGCACGGUAGCCCAGUCGCCGCCUACGCCACUGCCCCCGUCGCCACAUACGCCGCCGCCGCUCCCAUCGCGUACGCCGCCGGCCCCGUCGUCGCCAAGUCUUAUGCCGCUCCCGCCAUCGCGACUUACGCCGCUGCCCCCGUGGUGACCAAGACCAUCACCCCCGCCGUAUCCUCCGUGUCGUCUUACUCGACCCACACCUCUCACGGUUCCCCCGUGGCCACUUACGCUGCAGCCCCCGUGGUCGCUAAGGCUUACGCUCCCGUAUCCUACGCCGCUCCCGUAUCCUACGCCGCUCCCGCAGCCUACGCCGCUCCUGCAGCCUACGCCGCUCCCGCCGUGACCGCGUACGCCGCCCCCGUUGUCACCAAGACAAUCACCCCUGCUGUGUCCUCCUACGCAGCAGCUCCAGUGGCUUACUCCGCUCCCGUCAUCACCAAGACUAUCACCCCGGCGGUGUCCUCCGUGUCAUCCUACUCCACACACACCGCGCACGGUAGCCCAGUCGCCGCCUACGCCGCUGCCCCCGUCGCCACCUACGCCGCCGCCGCUCCUUUCGCGUACGCCGCCGGCCCCGUCAUCGCCAAGUCUUAUGCCGCUCCCGCCAUCGCGACUUACGCCGCUGCCCCCGUGGUGACCAAGACCAUCACCCCUGCCGUGUCCUCCGUGUCGUCUUACUCGACCCACACCUCUCACGGUUCCCCCGUGGCCACUUACGCUGCAGCCCCCUUGGUCGCUAAGGCCUACGCUCCCGUAUCCUACGCCGCUCCCGCAUCCUAUGCCGCUUCCGCAGCCUACGCCGCUCCUGCAGCCUACGCCGCUCCCGCCGUGACCGCGUACGCCGCCCCCGUUGUCACCAAGACAAUCACCCCUGCUGUGUCUUCCGUGUCCUCUUACUCUUCCCACACCGCCCACGGUUUCCCCGUUGUGGCUUCUUACGCUGCCCCCGCCGUGGCCACUUAUGCCGCUGCCCCCGCCAUCUCCACAUACGCCGCUCCCGCCAUCUCCACCUACGCCCACGCCGCUCCCGUCCUGAAGUCGGCUGUGGCCUACUCCGCCGCCCCCGCGGUAUCGCACCUCUCCUACAGCGGACUCGGUGCUCAAUAUGGUUGGUAAACUGAAUCCCACGAAACUUUUGUAAAUAGAAAAUGUAGAAAAUAAACAAGUUGUUUAUUAUAAAA